AUAACAAGGACCUUUAUAAGUCAGAUGAGAGGAGAAGUCACUAUGCAGACCCCUGAUCCUCAGAACUAUAAGCAUGUGUCUAGUCAGUGUGAUCUUCGCCCUGUCAUUCUUGACAACUUCAGCAUAUCCACUUCAUCGUAACACCAGGGAGGCCACCUGGAAUGAUUCAAUUGCCAACCAGGCUCAUGACAAGACAGAACUCACAAAAGAUGUGGAUCAGAUCUACAAGAGCCACAUAGACAGCAGCAGCCUUUACGACCCAGAUAACCACAGCAAAAACCCUGUUGCAGAGGAGAUGCAAGGAAAACUUAUCAUGGAGUCAGAGCGUCUGCGUAACCGUCUGCGCCAAGAGCUGGCCGAGCUACGCGAGAGGUUGUCCCCAUCUCCAGCCCACCUCAGCUCCACUCUGGCCAGCAUGAGGGAGCGCUUGGCUCCCUUCACCCAGCAGCUCCAGAACUCUCUCAGCAGCAACACCCAAGAUCUGUGUGGCCAGCUGAGCCUCUAUCUGCAGGGCCUGGAGACAGCAGAGGCCCAGGCAGAGGCCAGUCCGGCUCUGUAUCAGGAAGCCUUCCACUGGAUGAGCCAAACCCUGGAGCACAGCAGCUCCGAGGUGGCUAACCUCAUCAGCGAAUUUCAUACUAAAUCCGUAGGGGUGAUCGAACAUCUGAAAGCGAUCAAUGCUAGGGAGCAAGAGGCAGCCAAGUCAGAGCACUGGCAGGAAAUUAGCUCCAGGUUGGGACAGGAAGUGAGUUCUAUGAGAGUGGAGGCACAGAACAGAGUGGGAGCUCUCAAGGCAGAGCUUACUGCUCUUCUAGAAACUGCAUGGCCUGGUAAGGCUGAAGUGACAGCCAGUUUGGAGCGGUUCUGCCAAAAUGCAGCCCUGCAGAGCCAAGUGUUUCAGGCCCGGAUGGAGAGGAUGUUUCAGGGGCUGGAAGAGGAGCUGGAGGUCAAGGGAGCCUCCAGCCUGUCUCCUUCUUCCUCCUCCACGUCCACACAGCCAGGUGGCUAUUUGCAGGAGGACUUCUCAGUUAAACUCUCUGCUCUGAUCCAAGACAUUCUGCACUCAGUGUAGUAACUGAGACUACUUUACAUUUUUACAAAGAAACUAUGAAUUAACCAUUAUGGUCCUAUUAAGUGUAUCAUUUGACUUGUAUUCUAAUCCAUAAAUGUGGUUCGUUGUUUGCCAUUGUACCAGCAAAGUAAGUCUGUAAAUAUUUAUGAGUGUUUGGUUUUGAUUGAUAUAUUUGUUUCAUUCUGUAUGUGAAUGAGUGUGUAAAUGUCAGUAUAUCUUUAUGUAAUAUACUGUAAAUCACAAAGUGCAACGUCAACCUGAUUUCAAACAUUAUUUUUAAUAUGUACAAAACAGAUCUGACUUGUAUACUGCAGAUUACAGUGCUCAAAAUAUAUAUCUUUGUAUAUAUGUAUAUCAUUGUUUUAAGAAAUGACGUUCUGUACAUGAUACCCAAAAACUAGUGAGACUGUCUGACUGGUAGGAAUGUGUUAUCAAAAAACAUAAAAUAUUAAAAUUAAUAUCUGCCUUA